UAGUCAUACAUUUUUGCACUAAAUAUCGUCAUCUGAAAAAUAAAACAAAAUCCCUUUUGAAAUUCGUUUAUCCGCUUCUCCGUUCCUCUCUUACUGAAAAUGGCGCUCACUGCUUCGCUCGGACACUCUGCAUUUCUCCAACUCUCUACUUCCUUUUAUGGCGACACAUCACCUUCUUCUUCAAUUUCUACUACGUUUCCCGGAAACCAAUCAUUUUCAAGAAAACAAUUUGUGGUUUUUGCUCGGAAGAUGUCAGGAUUGGAGGAGGCCAGAAGAAUCAAGAGAGAACGUGAACUUCAGGUUGUGAAGAAGGAUAGAAAAGGGCCUCCAUUAAGGCGUGGAAAAGUAUCGCCACGGCUACCUGUCCCUGAUGAUAUACUAAAGCCUCCUUAUGUAGGCUCAGAUAUACUUCCAGAAAUGGGAACUGAAUAUCAAAUUCAUGAUUCUGAAGGUAUAGCUAAAAUGAGGGCUGCAGGUGAGCUUGCAGCACGUGUCUUGAACUUCGCUGGAACUUUGGUUAGGCCUUCUGUAACAACUAAUGAAAUUGAUAAAGCAGUGCACCAGAUGAUAAUUGAUGCUGGUGCUUAUCCCUCACCCCUUGGUUAUGGUGGAUUUCCGAAAAGUGUAUGCACAUCAGUUAAUGAGUGCAUGUGCCAUGGGAUACCUGAUUCUCGGCAGUUACAGAAUGGUGAUAUUAUCAACAUUGAUGUGACAGUCUACCUGAAUGGAUAUCAUGGAGACACGUCAAAGACUUUUUUUUGUGGGGAUGUCAGUGAUGCAAUUAAAAACCUUGUUAAGGUAACUGAAGAGUGCUUGGAGAAAGGAAUAGCCGUUUGCAAAGAUGGUACCCCUUUUAAGAAAAUUGGAAAAAGAAUCAGUGAGCAUGCCGAAAAGUAUGGCUACGGUGUAGUGGAGCGUUUUGUUGGGCAUGGUGUUGGAACAGUGUUUCACUGUGAGCCAUAUAUUUAUCAUCAUCGCAAUGACGAAGGAGGUUGCAUGGUUGAAGGUCAAACAUUUACAAUUGAGCCUAUUCUUUCAAUGGGAAGCACUGAUUGCAUUACAUGGCCAGAUAACUGGACAACAGUUACAACUGAUGGCAGUCCGGCCGCACAGUUUGAGCAUACCAUUCUGAUAACUAGAACUGGAGCUGAAAUUUUGACUACAUGUUGAUGUGUUUCAUUCUGGAAGAUUAUGCACAGGUAAGAAACUCAUUCUCUUGUGCAUUCAUUCAACGGUACAAUUUCUGAGAGCAAAUAUGAAGUUCUUGCUACAUAUCUAGUGAAAACUCUUGAGACACUACAUCCAGAGAGACCUGCUGAGAUGACUAUCUGGAGGCUGGAUUGGUAGGGGCCUACUUGUUUGUGCAUUUAUCAAGAAAAAUAACUUAGUUAAAGGAUGUAUUUUUAAAAUUAUAUUAUAUCUUUUGGAAAUGGGUAAAAAAUAGCAAAAAUGUUCAUAGAAAAAUUCUAAAAAGAAAGUUGUAUUGUAGAAUCGUUUUUGGGGGGAUUUGAUUCUUCGUAGCUAGUAAUUUAUGUUAGAUAGUAACGUAAGACACAUCAACCAUUGGUUAGAUUUAACAUUGGAGAUCACAUGUGCAUGUAAUACUAAUAAUUGAUUUUUAAUAAUAGUUAAUUCUUUACUGUUAAAA